UACUCUGAAAAGGCAUCAAAGAACUCACACUGGGGAGAAACCAUAUAUAUGCAUGGAAUGUGGAAAGAACUUCAGCCAGAAGGUCCAACUGCAUUCACAUCAGAGAACUCACACUGGGGAGAAACCGUAUGAGUGCAUGGAAUGUAGAAGGAGCUUCAGUUGCAGCAGUGCCCUGAGUAGACAUCAAAGAGCUCACACUGGGGAGAAACCAUAUAAAUGCAUGGAAUGUGGAAAGAGCUUCAGUAAGAGCGGUCAUCUGAGUUCACAUCAAAGAAUUCACACUGGGGAGAAACCGUAUGAAUGCAUGGAAUGUGGAAUGAGUUUUAUUCACAGCGGUACUCUGAAAAGACAUCAAAGAACUCAUACUGGGGAGAAAACAUAUAAAAGCAUGGAAUGUGGAAAAAGCUUCAGUCACAGCAGCCACCUGAGUAGACAUAAAAUAACUCACACUGGGGAGAAACCAUAUAAAUGCAUGGAAUGUGGAAAGAGUUUCAGUCGGAGCUGUGGACUGAGUUCACAUCAAAGAACGCACACUGGGGAGAAACCACAUAAAUGCAUGGAAUGUGGAAAGAGUUUCAGUCAGAGCGGUGGACUGAGUAGACAUCAAAGAACUCACACUGGGGAGAAACCAUAUACAUGCAUGGAAUGUGGAAAGAGCUUCAGUCACAGCAGUGCCCUGAGUACACAUCAAAGAACGCACACUGGGGAGAAACCACAUAAAUGCAUGGAAUGUGGAAAGAGCUUCAGUCACAGCAGUGCCCUGAGUACACAUCAAAGAACGCACACCGGGGAGAAACCCUAUAAAUGUAUGGAAUGCGGAAAGAGCUUCAGCGACAGGGGAUCAUGUACUAAACAUCAAAGAACUCACACCGGGGAGAAACCGUAUAAAUGUAUGGAAUGUGGAAAGAGCUUCUUUCAAAGCACUUCCCUUAGUUCACAUCAAAGAACUCACACCGGGGAGAAACCGUAUAAAUGUAUGGAAUGUGGAAAGAGCUUCUUUCAAAGCACUUCCCUUAGUUCACAUCAAAGAACUCACACCGGGGAGAAACCGUAUAAAUGUAUGGAAUGUGGAAAGAGCUUCUUUCAAAGCACUUCCCUUAGUUCACAUCAAAGAACUCACACCGGGGAGAAACCUUAUAAAUGCAUGGAAUGUAGAAAGAGCUUCAGUCAUAGCAGUAGCCUUAGUUCACAUCAAAGAACUCACACAGGAGAGAAACCAUAUACAUGCAUGGAAUGUGGAAAGAGCUUCAGUCAGAGCUGUCAACUGAGUUCACAUCAAAGAACUCACACAGGAGAGAAACCAUAUACAUGCAUGGAAUGUGGAAAGAGCUUCAGUCAGAGCUGUCAACUGAGUUCACAUCAAAGAACUCACACAGGAGAGAAACCAUAUACAUGCAUGGAAUGUGGAAAGAGCUUCAGUCAGAGCUGUCAACUGAGUUCACAUCAAAGAACUCACACAGGAGAGAAACCAUAUACAUGCAUGGAAUGUGGAAAGAGCUUCAGUCAGAGCUGUCAACUGAGUUCACAUCAAAGAACUCACACAGGAGAGAAACCAUAUACAUGCAUGGAAUGUGGAAAGAGCUUCAGUCAGAGCUGUCAACUGAGUUCACAUCAAAGAACUCACACAGGAGAGAAACCAUAUACAUGCAUGGAAUGUGGAAAGAGCUUCAGUCAGAGCUGUCAACUGAGUUCACAUCAAAGAACUCACACAGGAGAGAAACCAUAUACAUGCAUGGAAUGUGGAAAGAGCUUCAGUCAGAGCUGUCAACUGAGUUCACAUCAAAGAACUCACACAGGAGAGAAACCAUAUACAUGCAUGGAAUGUGGAAAGAGCUUCAGUCAGAGCUGUCAACUGAGUUCACAUCAAAGAACUCACACAGGAGAGAAACCAUAUACAUGCAUGGAAUGUGGAAAGAGCUUCAGUCAGAGCUGUCAACUGAGUUCACAUCAAAGAACUCACACAGGAGAGAAACCAUAUACAUGCAUGGAAUGUGGAAAGAGCUUCAGUCAGAGCUGUCAACUGAGUUCACAUCAAAGAACUCACACAGGAGAGAAACCAUAUACAUGCAUGGAAUGUGGAAAGAGCUUCAGUCAGAGCUGUCAACUGAGUUCACAUCAAAGAACUCACACAGGAGAGAAACCAUAUACAUGCAUGGAAUGUGGAAAGAGCUUCAGUCAGAGCUGUCAACUGAGUUCACAUCAAAGAACUCACACAGGAGAGAAACCAUAUACAUGCAUGGAAUGUGGAAAGAGCUUCAGUCAGAGCUGUCAACUGAGUUCACAUCAAAGAACUCACACAGGAGAGAAACCAUAUACAUGCAUGGAAUGUGGAAAGAGCUUCAGUCAGAGCUGUCAACUGAGUUCACAUCAAAGAACUCACACAGGAGAGAAACCAUAUACAUGCAUGGAAUGUGGAAAGAGCUUCAGUCAGAGCUGUCAACUGAGUUCACAUCAAAGAACUCACACAGGAGAGAAACCAUAUACAUGCAUGGAAUGUGGAAAGAGCUUCAGUCAGAGCUGUCAACUGAGUUCACAUCAAAGAACUCACACAGGAGAGAAACCAUAUACAUGCAUGGAAUGUGGAAAGAGCUUCAGUCAGAGCUGUCAACUGAGUUCACAUCAAAGAACUCACACAGGAGAGAAACCAUAUACAUGCAUGGAAUGUGGAAAGAGCUUCAGUCAGAGCUGUCAACUGAGUUCACAUCAAAGAACUCACACAGGAGAGAAACCAUAUACAUGCAUGGAAUGUGGAAAGAGCUUCAGUCAGAGCUGUCAACUGAGUUCACAUCAAAGAACUCACACAGGAGAGAAACCAUAUACAUGCAUGGAAUGUGGAAAGAGCUUCAGUCAGAGCUGUCAACUGAGUUCACAUCAAAGAACUCACACAGGAGAGAAACCAUAUACAUGCAUGGAAUGUGGAAAGAGCUUCAGUCAGAGCUGUCAACUGAGUUCACAUCAAAGAACUCACACAGGAGAGAAACCAUAUACAUGCAUGGAAUGUGGAAAGAGCUACAGUUGCAGCAGUCACCUACUGUAAGUUCACAUCACAGAUCUCACACCGGGGAGAAACCAUAUACAUGCAUGGAAUGUGGAAAGAGUUUUAAUCAGAGCAGUAACCUGACUUCACA